UCCCUGCAGAAAACAAACAUGGACGACGCUUCUCAAAUCUCAAAAAUGAAGGUCGCUGACCUGAAGAAGGAGUUGAAGGCGAGAGGUUUACCUGUGACAGGCAACAAAAAUGAGCUGGUGGAGAGGCUACAAGAAGCUCUAGAAGCUGAUGGAAAUGUUCCUCUGGGCACAGUAGAUGGCGAGGACGAAGAGUUUGAUGAAGAGGAGAUCCUCGGAGGUGAUGAUAUGGAUGCUGUAGACAUAGGGAAGCUGACCCCCCAGGAGGAAGCAGCAGCUUUGGGGGUCAACAUCAGUGUCCGAGAUGAACUGAAUACAACUGAUCUCAACCAGGUGUCCACAAUGCUUGAACAGCCAGAAAAGAAGAAAAUCAGCCUGAAGAGAUCUGAGCCUCCAGUGCCCACAGCCCCAACCACCCCCCCUCCCACAGAGGCCUCCAAGGAAAAUACUUCGCCCGAAAGCCAGAGUGAGGGUCAAGAGGAUGGCGUGCCUUCCAAGAAGCUCAUCAGACUGAGCUCCACUGAGAACAAGACUCAAAUUGAGGCAAGAGCUGAAAGAUUUGGCAUUCCGUUGAACGAAGAAGCCAGAAAGCAGGCUCGGGCAGAACGCUUUGCUGGUAACAGUACCACAACAGCUGUCAACAAGAAACCUGCCAAGCUGUCUAUGGAAACAGGGGGGACAGACAUUGAGAAGUUGAAAGCACGUGCCAAGCGAUUUGGAGAAGUAACUUCCAAGUCACUCACAAAGGUAACCUGUAAUGUUUCGGAAUUGGAAAAAAUGAAGCAAAGGCAAGAGAGAUUUGGUGCUGGAGGAACUGAAACAAAGACAGCUGGGACAGAAAAAAAAGCCAUAACCAGCCCAGAUGAUGCUAAGGCUGCAAGAGCAGCAAGAUUUGCCUCAUCAACUUCCUCAGAAGAUGAAAUGAAGAAGAAGCGCGCAGAGAGAUUUGGCAUACAGUGAUGACACCCAUGUGACGGUCCACUCAGAUGAGUUUCAUUGUUCACAUAUUGGGCUCAAAACCAGCAAAUGAAAACAUUCUGAUUGCAUCAAGCCAAAGAAGGGGAUUCAUAUCUGUUGCAUAAUAGAUCAUGAUCAGAUAUCAAAUAUGUCUCUGAAAAGUUGUAGCCAUCAGUGAAGCCACAGAACAGCUUACUGCAAAUGUUUAUUGAAAGAAGAUUAUGGGAAAAAUGCAGCUGAUAACAUUAGUGAAUUGUUUAAGAAAAAUAUAAGACAUCACAAGAAAAGCCCCAUGCCAGUUGAAGGGAAAACAAAGCACAUAAAGUAAAUUAGUGGGACGGAAGAUGUUCACUUCGAUAGAGGCCUUUUGUGUCCACAUUAAAGAGCAAGAUUGUCAAUGAGUUGGAAUGCUCAAGUACAUAGUUUAGAAUGUUUCUAGAACAUUGCAGUAAUCUUGAGUACCACUGGCUUAACUUCAGUACAAAAAAGUACUUUCUAAAGAGAAAUUUUUAAUGUUAACUGUUAGCACGAUUUGCUUGCAAGGAGUGUAGGUGGUCAAAAUUAGUCGUGUGUAAUUUUUUUUUCUUUCUUUUCCCCAACUGUACGGCACACUUCUUUUGUUAUGAGUAUUUUAUAAUUUUAUAGAUAUUAAAUGUAGUAAGGACACACUUUGGAGAUAUCAUUAAUGUUUAGGAAGAUGCAAUUUUUAUUGUCUUACAGGUAUUAAAAAUCCAGAUAGAUAGAAUGAUGGAGAUGCAUUAUUUAAAUGUAAAUUGCAUAAGUAAUAAACUUUUAUAACAUU